AUGUCUCAAGUCUCAGGAAAGCAAGAUUCCGUCAAAGGCAAGAUUAAGAAGACGUCUUCAGGAGUCAAGGUUAUGAGGUUGAAUGCACAUGCCUCCGCUCAACCUAAGAAGGGUUCUGCAAGAAAGGAUUCAAGAACCCCUGCCAGAAAGCGCUACAUGUCAAGUGCGAGACCUCAAAGCACUCAUACCUCACCAGUGUUUGAGGAUGUUUCUCAUGAAAUUUCCGCUGCAGAUGAUGAGCCCAAUGUUGAAGCAUCUGCAUCACAACCUGAAUUUCUCGUGCCCAAUGCGUCUGAUAAGGACAAGUCACCAUCAACAUCCAAGAACUCAGAACAAGAGAAUGAAGAUGAUGGAGACUCAAAUGAUGUUCCUCUGGAAAGCGUUGCUGCUAGGAUGAAGAAGCGAAGAAGGGUUUCUAUUGAAGGCACCCCCUCUGGUUCACCAAUGAAGGUCAAAUCCACUAUGGAUGCUAAGAGCAAAGGUAAAAACCAGGCUGUGGAUUCCUCUCACAAGAAGUGGAAGUAUGUUUGCAACCGUCGGAUUGCAAAAGAAAGGGAGAUUGGUAAGGAUGUCCUUGAAUGUAGGAUGAUUGUUGCACUCAUUGACCGGGCUGGAUUAAGGAAGACAGUCAUGGAUAUUGGGAAAUGCUAUGAGAAGCUUGUGAAAGAGUUCCUAGUUAAUUUGACAAAAGAUGUUGGCAUUCCUGGAAGUGCUGAAUUCAGGAAAGUCUAUGUGCGAGGGAGGGUUGCCAAGGAACUCACUGCUGGACAAGUGAAGAAGUGGCCUGCUAAGAAGCUUUUAUCUACAGGGUUGUUGAGUGUGAAGUAUGCUAUUCUAAACAUGAUAGGAGUGGUGAAUUGGAUUCCUUCUCAUCAUACCUCUGCUGUCUCUGCAAUGUUAGCCAAACUAAUCUACAGAAUUGGAACUGAGAUUCCCUAUGAUUUUGGCUCUUUGGUGUUUGCUCAAACUUUAAAGCAUGCUGAAACUUCACUUCACUCUUGA